AUGUCGUAUCCACCCGUCCCCCUUCCAAAUGGCCAAAACUUUACAGCCACUCUGCACAACACCACGUACCCCGCAAUCGACUCCGCGACGAAGUCCGACCAUAGCAAACACAUAGUUUUCAUAACAGGCGCUUCGAAAGGUGUUGGCAGAGCUACAGCUAUAUCAUUUGCAAAAGCUGGGGCUGAAGGGAUUGCCAUCGGUGCAAGAUCGGAUCUCUCCUCACUCGAGACAGAAAUUCAAGAGGCAGCAAAAGCGGCAGGAAAGGCCUCGCCAAAAGUCUUAUUGAUUAAGCUUGACUUACUCAAUCACCAGAGUGUUAAAGACGCAGUCCAGGAGGUUGAGAAGACUUUCGGAAGAUUGGAUAUCUUGAUCAACAAUGCGGGAUAUCUAGCAGCCAGUCAAUCAAUAAUUGACUCAGACCAUGAUGACUGGUGGCAGACAUUUGAAGUCAACAUACGUGGGGUAUAUUGGAUGACUCGUGGGUUCCUUCCCCUGAUGCUAAAGGAUGGACUCAAGACAAUUAUCAAUGUAGCCAGUACUGGAGCAAAUUCAUUGCGACCUGGAGCUAGCGGAUAUCAAACCUCGAAGUUCGCAUUGUUGAGAUUGACAGAAUUCAUAAUGACAGAGUAUGCAGAACAAGGAUUACUGGCAUAUUGUGUACAUCCUGGUGCCGUCAAUACAGACAUGGCUAAGAAGUUACCGGCAUAUCUUCACAAAGUCUUGAGAGAUGAUCCAGAAGUUGCGGGUGAUUCGAUGUGCUUUUUAUCUCAAGAGAGAAGAGAAUGGUUGGCUGGCAGGUACAUAAAUUGCACCUGGGAUAUUCCAGAGUUUCUGAGCAAAGAACAAGAUAUCGUGGAACACGACAAGUUGAAGGAGAGAAUGUUAUUCUAG